AUGGCGCAGCGCUCCGGGAAGAUCACUUUCUAUGAGGGCAAGCACUUCACAGGGCGGAAGCUGGAGGUCUUUGGGGACUGUGACAACUUCCAGGACCGAGGCUUUAUGAACCGAGUGAACUCCAUCCGUGUGGAGAGUGGAGCCUGGGUCUGCUUUGAUCAUCCUGACUUCCGAGGCCAACAGUUCAUCUUAGAGCAUGGCGACUACCCUGAGUUCUUCCGCUGGAAUGGGCACAAUGACCACAUGGGCUCCUGUCGGCCUGUGGGCAUGCACGGAGAACAUUUCCGCAUAGACAUCUUCGAGGGCUGCAACUUCACAGGCCAGUGCUUGGAGUUCGUGGAAGACUGCCCCUUCCUGCAGAGCCGGGGCUGGGCCAAGAGCUGUGUCAACGCCAUCAAGGUGUAUGGGGAUGGAGCGUGGGUCCUCUACGAGGAGCCCAACUACCGCGGCCGCAUGUACGUGGUGGAGAGGGGCGACUUCCGCAGCUUCUCCGACUGGGAGGCCCAGAGCGCUCGUGUGCAGUCGCUCCGCAGGGUGCUCAACUUCUUCUAG